AUGAAGGCACUUCAGAAUGCUCUAACUGAUCCACAACGAGUGCGCACUCCUGCGGUCGCAGAGUACUGGAAACCCUUGGCUGAAGAUAUGGACGAAUCUGCUGGAAUAGAUGAAGAAUAUCACCACAAAAAUAACCGGGUUUAUUGUUGGAAAGGUCUUCGAUUUUCAGCCCGACAAGACUUGGAAGGAUUUUCGAGAUUUACCGAAUAUGGUAUUGAAGGGGUUGUGCCCCUAGAACUUUUGCCACCUGAUGUGCGGUCUAAAUAUCAAGCUAAACCAAGUGACAGGUCUAAGCGUGCUAAAAAGGAAGAAACAAAAAAUGCUGCACAGCAAGCCGAAGAAAAUCAGGUGAUUCAUAAAUUAGCUGGCCACACUAUUAUUGGGACAAGAUUGUCUAAAAAUGCCUCAAGUUCUGUUCCACAUGAGCAAGGUUGUCCUGAAAUGCAAGUUUAUUGUUGGAAAGGUCUUCGAUUUUCAGCCCGACAAGACUUGGAAGGAUUUUCGAGAUUUACCGAAUAUGGUAUUGAAGGGGUUGUGCCCCUAGAACUUUUGCCACCUGAUGUGCGGUCUAAAUAUCAAGCUAAACCAAGUGACAGGUCUAAGCGUGCUAAAAAGGAAGAAACAAAAAAUGCUGCACAGCAAGCCGAAGAAAAUCAGAAUGCUCUAACUGAUCCACAACGAGUGCGCACUCCUGCGGUCGCAGAGUACUGGAAACCCUUGGCUGAAGAUAUGGACGAAUCUGCUGGAAUAGAUGAAGAAUAUCACCACAAAAAUAACCGGGUUUAUUGUUGGAAAGGUCUUCGAUUUUCAGCCCGACAAGACUUGGAAGGAUUUUCGAGAUUUACCGAAUAUGGUAUUGAAGGGGUUGUGCCCCUAGAACUUUUGCCACCUGAUGUGCGGUCUAAAUAUCAAGCUAAACCAAGUGACAGGUCUAAGCGUGCUAAAAAGGAAGAAACAAAAAAUGCUGCACAGCAAGCCGAAGAAAAUCAGACUGCUACACCUGCUAGUGAAAUUGAUGGCGAUGGAACAAGAGCUGAUCUUGAAACUGCAGCAGCUCCUGUGGACGCUGAUGCCACAAUAGCAACUGUCAAUACCUACCAGGGUGGAACUCCAACAUCAGAGGAGCAUCAGAAGCUAAGCUCAGACACAGACAUUGGUCAAGAGACAGGCCAAAUAGAAGCAGAUGCAGAUAUCGGUAUGAUAGAUGGAGAGACUGAUGCGGAGGUUGAUUUAGAUGCAGUAGGCUGA